AUGCCACACUCAGUCGCCUCAGAAGGCUCUCCGGCUUCCCACAAGGACAAUGAAGUGCUUCCAGAUGCUCCUCCCGCCACCGAUGCUCCCAAUGGCGACCAGAAGAACGAAGGCGCUGCCGCCGAAAAGACGACAGCCGGCGUAAAGCUUGAAGACCUAUUCGAUGACGACGAUGACGACGACAACGAGUUUCCAGCCUCGAGCGCACCCGUUGAAACCAAGACUGAAGAAGCGCCAGGACCAGCGCCUGUCCAGGUCGAUACAGAAACUAUGCUCGCAUUCUAUCAACGCUUGUUCCCGUUCCGCUACCUAUUUCAAUGGCUUAAUCAUGGAAUUGUUCCAUCUCCUGACUUCGGAAACCGAGAGUUUGCUUUGACGCUGCAGAACGAUGCUUACCUUCGAUAUCAAUCAUACCCAACCGCGGAUCUGUUCCGAAAAGAUAUUCUUAAGAUGAACCCCUCCCGUUUCGAAAUUGGACCCGUAUACAACAGGAACCCGCGAGACAGGAAGACAUUGGGCGCUGGCCAACUGAAACCCCUGGCCAAAGAACUCGUGUUCGAUAUCGAUUUAACAGAUUAUGAUGAUAUCCGUACCUGCUGUACAAAGGCGAACAUUUGCGAGAAGUGUUGGGCGUUUGUGACAAUGGCUAUCAAAGUCGUUGACACCGCUCUCCGGCAAGACUUUGGUUUUCAACAUAUCUUAUGGGUCUACUCAGGACGUCGUGGAGCUCACGCCUGGGUCUGUGAUCCCCGCGCGCGAACUCUUCCCGACGACCGCCGCCGGGGCAUCGCGGGCUACCUCGACCUCAUUCGAGGAGGCACAAGCAGCGGCAAACGCGUCAAUCUCAAACGACCUCUCCAUCCUCAUAUGAACCGCAGUCUCGAGAUCCUAAAACCCUACUUUGCACAAACAACGCUAGUAGACCAAGACACCUUCGCCAGUACAGAGCAAGCGCAACGCCUUCUCUCUCUCCUCCCCGACAAGGGACUCAACGACUCCCUGCGCCGGAAAUGGGAAUCAGCACCCGACCGCUCAAGCACAAACAAGUGGGCCGACAUCGAUGCCCUCGCAAAGACCGGCAAAAGCUCAACCCUCAACCCCGCAACCCUGCGCGACGCCAAACAGGACAUCGUCCUCGAAUACACAUAUCCACGCCUCGAUUCCGAGGUCAGCAAGAAGAUGAUCCAUUUGCUAAAGAGCCCCUUCGUUAUUCACCCCGGAACUGGCCGUGUCUGUGUCCCCAUCGACAUUCGUAACAUCGAGCGCUUCGACCCUCUUUCUGCACCUACCGUCACACAACUACUUUCCGAGAUCGACUCCUGGGAUGCGGAUCAUCCUAGCAAUGGUGCCGCGGAGGUUCCAGAAGGCGAAGGGAGCGUUCCAAACGCUUCUGAUGCAGGAGGCUCCCGCAAGCUUCAGGAUUAUGAGAAGACGAGCCUGAAGCCGUACAUCGACUACUUCCGUUCGUUCAUUGCUAGUCUUAACCAGGAGGAGCGCGACGGGAAGCGAGAGCGCAACGAGCAGACCGCGCCGGAGGUCAAGUCUGAGAGUAUGGAGUUCUGA